AGCUCGUGAAUGUCCUCCAGCCAGCAGGUGUCAGUGUGUGUCGCGUGUGUGUUCGUCUCGUUUCUUCGCCGCUUUCGUCAACCUUGAUGGAGUUACACGUGAAAACAUUUGCCCGAAACUGAGCUGUUUAACAUCAGCACAACGGAACAGCCAUGGCCAAGUAUCUGGCUCAGAUCAUUGUGAUGGGGGCUCAGGUGGUCGGACGAGCUUUUGCAAGAGCUCUACGUCAAGAAUUUGCAGCCAGUCAAGCGGCUGCUGAGGCUCGGGGUGGAGCGGGCAGGCAGUCUGCGGCUGCGUCUAGUUUCACAGGGAUGACUUUACAAGAAGCCCAACAGAUACUGAACAUCUCCACAUUAACACCAGAGGAGAUCCAGAAGAAUUAUGAGCAUUUAUUUAAAGCCAAUGACAAAGCGGUCGGCGGUUCAUUCUAUCUGCAAUCAAAGGUGGUACGGGCUAAAGAGCGUCUGGAUGAAGAACUGUCCAUUCAACAGCAGCACCAAACCAAACCACCAGAGCAGCAGCAGACAUGAGCUGCAUCCUCACACGCCUCCACUAGUGGUGCAGUAUUUUCUGGACAUUACUUGGAAGGUAAAUUAUCCCGAUGUCUUGUUGGAGUUCAUCCAGGAGCUUAUGGAACUUUCUAACAUGUUUGAAAAUGUACAUUACUCUUCAAAAGCUUUGAAAGAAGUCUGGUAUCCUCAUCAAGGUUGCAUUUAUUUGAUUAAAAAUACUGUAAAGACCGUAAUAUUGUGAAAUAUUGGUACAAUUCAAAAUACCUGUUUUCUAGUUGAAUAUAUUGUCAAAUGUAAUUUAUUUCUGUGAUCAAAGUUUACUUUUCAGCAUCAUUACAUUUCUUCAGUGUCACAUGAUUCUUCAGAAAUCGCUCUAUUAUGAUUAUUUGUUGCUUAAGAAAUAGAUAACAUUUGUAACAUAUUAAUAUAUUUACUGUCAUAUUUUUGAUCACUUUAAUGCAUCCUUGCUGAAUAAAAAUAAUCUUUUUUUUUUCUGACCUCAAACUUUUAAAAUUAGUGUAUCCAUCCGUUUCUUCAUGUUGAAAGGAAUGAUCUGGAUUUAAUAUAAGAUAUCAACUUCAAUUCAGGCUUAAUGUAGAUUACCACAGAAGUCAUCUAACACUGUUAAAACUAGGGAAAUGUUUAAAGUCUAGGCAAACCCUUGGAUGAAAAAACCUUGGAUGGAUUUUUCUCUGGUAAAAAGUUCUUGUAUCGCAUAUCCAUCUUUUCCAAGCUAUGAAAGGAGAUGAGAGAUUGUCCAGACAAGGUUAAUAAGUGAUGCUAUCACACCUGUCAUGAUGUUGUCAUGAAAUCUUGUGGCUGUACUUUAGAAACGGCAAUUUAUGUUUUUCCCAGUAUAAUAAAAUAUGUUUAUCCCAGUAUAAUAUCAUGCCCCAGAGACUUCUGUGUAACUGUAAACAGUCCAGUCUGGAUGAUGCUUGUCUGGGGUAAUCAACAGUGUGCAGCAGAUGAAGUUUUUUCUUAAAAUGUUGAUAAAUUUGGUCUUGAUUUAAGGUCGUUCUUUUACCUUCAUUUACUACUGUCAGGUUCACACCAUAAAUGCUGUCAGUGAAGCAAUAUACAACCUGUUGCUGUUUGAGUGAUCAAUGGAUUUUCGCUGGUUGUUUAUUACUGUAAUUUAUAGUAUGUAUAGCUACAUUUGUUAUUGUAUUUUAUGAUUGUUUCCAUUUUUGCCCAAUCCUAGUAUAUGUAUUAUGAAUGUAGGCUGUACAUUAAAAAAACACAAUAUAAAUGCAACAUGAAUUAAUGAGA